UCCUCAGUUAGUGGUAGUGUUUAUAACGUGUCCUCAACGAGUGUUAUACCCAGUGUUUAUAACAGGUGACAGACAGACAGACAGACAUAUAUGGACGACUUCUUAGAAUGGGAUCUGGAGUGCCUCACUGCUCAUCCCGCCAACAUGGAUUUGGAGUUUUAUGGUGACAGUGACAAGUCCGCUUCAAGGAUGUCCGCUAAGAAGAAGGUCAAAUUCUCGCUCGAACUGCCGGGUCUGGUGAAGCAGGAGCCUGUCGAUCCCUCUUACGACGGCGUGCUUGACCCCUCAGCCGACCCUCACUGUGUGCCCUCGACCGCUGCCCACCCAUACCAGGCCAUGCAGAAGGUGCCAGACAUCGCCGACCUCUCCGACCCCGAAUCUUCACUAGCUUUGGGCGUUUUACUUGCUGAACGGGACAGAUCAAUAGGGGAAGAAUAUGGACGGAAGAAAUGCGUUGAUCGUAUUGUCACACUAAGGACCAGAACAGGAAGACUUUGGGAAUUAGAUCUGCGUAAACAUUGCCUUGGGGAAAUAGUCAAUUCUUGA